UGGAAGAAAUGGCUACCUUUGAAGACGAGGAAAUUGUAGACGACGAACAACUGGAAUCUCUUCUUAGUUUCCCACCAGAAGUUCAAGAAGCCAUAGACCAGGUGUUACCUAGCACCGAUCCUUUAGACAAACCUGACUUUAAUCCUGUGGACUACAUCAAUACACUGUUCCCCACAGAGCAGUCACUAGCCAACAUUGAUGAUGUUGUCAAUAAAAUUACUUUGAAAAUCAGACGUCUGGAUGAUGAGGUGCGGACAGUGGUUCGUGGACAGACCAAUGUUGGUGAGGAGGGGCGACAGGCGCUGGAGGAGGCACAGAAAGCUAUCCAGGAUCUUUUCUCUAAAAUCAAGGAGAUCAAAGAUAAAGCAGAAAAAUCAGAAACAAUGGUGAAAGAGAUAACACGAGAUAUCAAACAACUUGACCAUGCCAAACGACAUCUGACAUCUUCCAUCACGACCCUAAAUCACUUGCACAUGCUAGUCGGAGGAGUGGAUUCUCUUACGUCUCUGACUAAACGCCGACAGUACGGAGAAAUUGCUAACCUACUGCAGGGUGUGCUAAACGUACUCGACCACUUUGACAAAUACAUGUCCAUAACACAGAUAAAACAACUGGCGGACAGGGUCAGACAGAUCCAGGGUGAGUUGGGAACACAGAUUAUUUCAGACUUUGAAGAAGCAUUUCAGGGAGCUGGAGCAAAGUAUGGACCUGGUAAUCAAAAACAGCUGCGUGAAGCCUGUGAGGUGGUGAAUGUUCUUGACCCCAAGGUGAAGCGAGAUCUUCUCGGUUGGUUUGUCAAACUGCAGCUGUCAGAGUACCUAGUGCUGUUUGCCGAAGAUCAGGAUGUUGCUUGGUUGGACAAGAUUGAUCGACGUUACGCGUGGAUCAAGAGGACUCUUGUUGAUUUUGAGGAGAAGUUUGGCCAUCUUUUCCCGCCCAGCUGGGAAGUUAGUGAGAGGAUCUGUAUCGAGUUCUGUCAAGUGACCAGGAAGGAAUUGUCACACAUAAUGGCUCGUCGAGCUGUUGAGAUUGACGUCAAACUGCUUCUGUUUGCAAUUCAGAGAACCACCAACUUCGAGACUCUGAUUGCCAAACGCUUCACAGGGGUCACGCUCAAAGAGACUCAGCCCAAGUCUGAUGGUAAUGUAGUUUCAUCAUCAGCCAAUCCAUUUGAAGCGUCAAAUAAUCCUUUUGAAAAAGAUGCAGGACAAGAACAAAAAACAGACGCUGAUAACAAGACUUCCACACCUUUCACAGGAUUUAUUUCAAGAUGUUUUGAACCACAUCUCAAUAUCUACAUUGAGUCACAAGACAGAAAUCUGUCCGAGUUGAUAGGUCGGUUCCUGGAAGACCUGCGGCAACACGGCACUCCACGGAUGGAGUCGGAGGAAGGCAGUAACGUGCUGCCGAGCUGUGCGGACCUGUUCGUCUUCUACAAGAAGUGCAUGGUGCAGUGUUCACAGCUGAGCACCGGUCAGCCCAUGAUCGACCUCACCAAGACAUUCCAGAAAUAUCUCAAGGAGUACGCCAUCAGGGUGCUGCUCAACAACUUACCGAAACAAGGUGUCCAGAGUGGCAACAUCAGCUCAGCGAGCGGCCUCAUACAGAGCAUCCUUAAGGAAGGAGAAGUAACCAAACUGACGGAGGAGGAGCAGUGCCGCACAUGCUCAAUCCUGUGUACGGCCGAGUAUUGCAUGGAGACCACGCACCAGCUGGAGGAGAAACUCCGAGAGAAGGUCGACUCAUCACUCUCCCCCAACAUCGACCUCAGUUCCGAACAGGAUAUCUUCCACAAUGUCAUCUCAAACUGUAUACAGCUGUUGGUACAGGAUCUGGAGACGGCGUGUGAGCCAGCACUGGCUGCAAUGAGCAAGAUGCCGUGGUCGACAGUUGAAGCAGUAGGAGACCAGAGUGGUUACGUUACUGCCGUCACUUCGCACCUUAAGCAGAACUUACCAAUUAUCCGAGACAAUCUAGUCACAUCAAGGAAGUACUUCACACAGUUCUGUGUCAAGUUUGCCAAAUGUUCUCUAGCAAUAACCGCUCUUGGCUCACAGAUAUCACGCAAAGCUCCAGCCAGUUUCACCAAAAUUGUUGUGAAGGGAAUGACAAAAGCAGAAAUGAUCCUCAAGGUUGUGAUGUCACCACAUGAACCUCCGGCUGGGUUUGUUGAUAACUUUAUUCGACUGUUGCAAGAUUCCGAUGUCAAUGAAUUUCAGAAAGUACUGGAAAUGAAGGGACUGCGACGAAGUGACCAGACCCAUCUGAUUGAGAUGUACAGGGCGAGAAAUCCUAAUCUAGGGGAGGGAACUCAGAGUGGUGCCAAUGCUUCUUCAAAUACUCCAGAACCAGAGUCAAGCAGAAUUAAAAAACUAGAAAAGUUAAUUAAGAAACGACUGUGAUGUAAUAAACUGACUCUGCGAUGUAAUACAAUGGGAGUCAUUUGAUGGAAGACAAAGUGUGUUUCUGUAAAAGUAAAUUAUUUAGUAAGUAUUCAUGUUACAGUGAAUCGGUUUUUAAAACAAAGACAUUAAAUCAUAAAUAUAAAUAUUUAUCUCAAA